AUGAAUUUCGUGAUUCUGGUUGUCCUACUUGGACUCCUUGGAUGCAGCACCAUAGCCGAAGCCCAGGUAUUGGUACGCAUUAAACCCGUAAGUGCGGAAGAAUAUCAGGCCCUAUUGGAAUUGAGAACUGAGGGUAGUGAAUCGAAACGUUCAGAAAAUGGUAUUUUCAGUGGGGCCUUGUGGGAAAAUGUUGGACGUUAUAUUGAACAAUUGCUGGGCAGUAAUCGCCAGACAAAGGCAUUGGGUGGCUUCCCUCUCUGCUCUAUUCAUGCUCCGACCACUGAAAUGGCACGACAGCUGGAUGUGAACCGUUUCCGUAGCAUAGAGGAUUUUUUGAAUUCCCUGGGCGAUCAAAAUGACAGAAAUAAGGGUACUCCCGUCAUUAAUUGUGUCUUGGUGGUCGAUGACAGCAAAACAACCACGACGACAACCACUACUACCACAACAACGACAACCCCAAAACCCGACACUGGCACUAAUGGUGAUAUAAUAACAAGAUUUGGUGGUUACUUCCCCGGUUUUGGUGGCUAUCCAGGACUCUAUCCUGCAUAUUUGGAUUCCCCAUAUGCCAACUAUGCCCUGAGAAAACCAAACAGUUAUCCCGAUUAUUCUGCAUAUUAUCCACCACCCCCUCCUCCACCACCAUCACCCGAAUACACAUAUGUCUUGGUACCCAAACGUCCACCAACAACAGUCGAUUAUGCACGUGAUGUGGAAGACAGAGAGGAAGUACAACAACAGCAUGAACAACAGCAUGAACAACAACAAGAACAAUAUCCUCAACAAUAUUUACACCUGAAACCAAUUUCCAGCGCUCCACGAAAACAACGUCCCCAUACUAAAGCAUCCAAGCCGUCAGCACGACGCCGUCAUGUUCCCCAGCAAAAACAACAUGUCACCAAAUCCCUGCCACAAAAUGUACAACAGCAGCUCUCAAAUAGACAACGUAAUGCCAAAAUGUCAUACCAAAAUUUUGAGGUAAAUGAUCGAAUAGCUGAUGGAGAUGAUUGGGAAUUAUCGAUGCCACCGAAAGCCCAAACACAUUCAUUAAAUAAUCUGAAAACUAAAGUAAUGGCCAUAACAACAACAAGGAAGCCAUUAAUGGAAGCCCUGGUCUUAAACAGUGGCAUUGAGAAUCAAGAAGAUGCAGUGGAGACGCUAUUGCCAAUGGAUUUAAAGAAUGACUAUCGUCAGCAUUUGCAAGAGAUGAAGGAGACAACGGCAGCAACGGGUGUUAUGGCUGCUAGACCCUCGUUUACUACCACUAACGUAAUCGGCAGCAGCAGCAAUAACAACAAUAAUAAGAUUACAAGAAAUAACAUUAAGGCAAAUUAUCAGGAUAAUAGGGAUUUGGUAACUACGCCUGAUUCCUCGUCGUCGUCUUCCUCCUACUCCUCCUCCAACACCAUGGAGAUGUUGUUUAACGAUAGACAUCCAGAGAAGAAGCCGAACAUCACGGACAAAGCAACAUCAGCUACAUCUCCGACAUCAUCAACAUCAUUGUCUGAUUCACUGCUGGACUAUGUCCUCCUCGAGUACAUGACAAAAACUAAACAGAAUCUUACACGAAUUUUGGAAAGCAACAAAGACUCUGCCAAGGAGAGAAAUUCAACGUUGACGACAUUGUCAAAUUUUGAGAGAAUACAACAACAGCUAGAAUUUCUACAAAAGAAUGCUGAUAAGUUGAAGAAAUUCCAACAGGUUGAGGAGAGAAAGAAAAAUGCAUCGCUGUCACCAACCAUGGCUAUCGAAUCAAAUGAUGCCAAUGAGCUGGGCGAGAGGGAUGGGUCAGGCUUUAAAGAGGCCACUCAAAACAAUGAUAACAAUUUCCAAAUUGACAAUAAAGGCCAGUAUCUUGGCCAGACAAUCGGCACAAAUGAAGGAGGCCGUAAUAACAUGAAGGAAAAUACCAAUGGGGAUGAACAAGAAAUGCAUAAUCUAAAUACGGCAAUGAAUUUAAGUCAGGAAUUCCAAACGGAAAAUACCGGGAAUUUGAUUGUAAUUGGAAAUUUAAAUAACAAAACAAAUAAGGAAGACAAAUUCCAGGAUAUGCCAAAGGAUGACAAGGAGAACAACAAGAAAAAUAAUACAAUUAUAAAAUAUUUGCAAGAUGUUGAAAAUGCCAUGAGGGAUUCGGAAAUAGUUCUUGGUAGUCAAAAGAAUAAUAAAAAUGAGUCAAUUUCCAAUAACAGUGAUGUUGCUGCCAACCCUGUGUCUCAGCAAAUCUCUUUGGAAGCUAGCAGUUCCAAUGGGUUUGGAUUAAAUAAUGUCUCUCCUGAUACAAUGUCAAAUAAACAAAUGCCUGGCCUAGUCAAUUCCAGUCUUAAAGCGAAAGAUACAGAUAACUCGACAGAGAGUAAUCGGGAAAUUAUGGUUGAAUCAAUAAUAAAUAACUUGAAAACUUUGUCUCAAUCCUCCGAAAAUAAUCCGACAUAUAAAAAUUCUUCGGCGAAAGAAAAUGUAGCCAUGAUUUCUUUUAUUAAAAAUCUAGAGAAUUUGAAUAUUACGUCAUUUUUGAAACCAACUUCAAAUGAAACAGUAGCUUCUGAUAAGGAAUGGAAAUUGGGAAAUAACGAGCCAAUGAAACAAGUAUUAAGCAAUCAUCAAGAGACCCUAAAAAAGUCAGAAGAUCUGCAAUUAUUAUCCCAAAACGACCAUUCUGAAUAUCUGCCCUAUGUGGACGAAGACAAACUUCUCGCCUUGAUCAAAAAACUGAAAAACAUAAGAGAUAAUAGUGGGAAGGAAAAUGAUUAUUUAAAUGGAGAUCAACAAGCGCCCAAUGAUUCAACUACUCAUGCAACUAGUGUUGGUGAAAAUGUCCUAAAGAAUCCAAUUGGGUUUACAAUAGAAAUGUGGAACCAAAGUCUCUCCACAUCGUCGGAAGUACUUCCCAUAGAUAUUAAAACAGGAGAUACAGACAUUUCUGGAGCUAACAUACCUAUAACAGAUCCCACUGUAAAAGAUGUUCCAUUUACAGACCAACCUGAAUCCAGUGAGAAUUUUUCCAGACAUGUCAACCCAAGCCCAUCAACAGGUCUUACAACAGAGUUGUUGAACGAAGAUAUGCUAACGGCAACAGAAAUGGCCAAAUCGGAAAGAAAGACACCGGCCACUGUAAAUAUAGAACUGGCCCCAGUCGAUACACCUACAACAGAGAUCGUAGUCCCGUCUCCGGAGACAGAAGUUCCGUCCUCGGAACUUCCAACACCGGAUAUACAAGACAGGUCUUCAUCUGCAGAACCGAUUUUUAGUGAAAUUUCAAUGACAGAAUUCGAAUCGACCUCUACAGAGUUGCCAACAACGGGUAAUAAUGACCUGAAUAGGAAGACAAACGAAGAAAGCCCCUCAUCAGAUUUCACAACAAAACUGAGAAGAGAAAAUGUCCCCUCCAAAGUUGUAGAUGAAAGAGAGGAAAACAUAAGUUUAACAGAAGAACGGUCUAAAGUCAAUAUGUUAAUAACAGAGGCACCAAUAACAAAAACAAUGUUUUUAUCCACAGAACCUAUAUCUACAGAUUCCCCAACAACAGUAAAUGUAGCUUCUUUAACAGAGUCUGUAACAACUUCAUUCAGAAAUUCCAAAACAAAUAUCUCAGCUGAUUCCAGAGAAGAUCUCCUCAAACGAGGUGAUGUAAAUGCUUUAAUAGAAGAACAGUUAAAUUUCAAUAUGACAACGUCUACACCAGAACCAUUGGCAACAGAAAUUUUAUCUACAGAACCUACUUUAACAGAGUUAUUAACAACAGAAUUCGGAUCCUUCUUAACAGAGUCGACAACAGAAACAGAAUCCAAUGCUUCAAAAGUCUCCAGUAUCGAAGCAGAAUCAUCGAUCAAAAAAAUGUUACUUACAGAGCCGUCAACAACAGAACCUACUCUAACAGAGUCAUCGACAACAGAAUCUGAAUCCCUGUUAACAGAGGCAACAACAGGAACUGAUUCCAACAAUCAAAACUUUUCCAGUAAUGAGCCAGAAUCUCCACUUCUAGAAAUGUUACCCACAGAGCCAUCAACAACAGAAAUUUUAUCUACAGAACCUACUCUCACAGAUUCAUCAACAACAGAAUUUGGAUCCUUGUUAAAAGAGUCAACAACAGAAACAGAAUCCCGCUCUACAGAACUUCCCAAAAAUGAAGCAGAAUCUUUAAUUCAAGAAAUGAUACCUAUAGAACCAUCAAUAACAGAAAUGUUAUCUACAGAACCUACUCUAACAGAGUCAUCAAUAACAGAACUCAAAUCCAUGUUAACAGAGUCAACAACGGGUACAGAAUCUGCAAUUACAGAGGUUCCCAGUACCGUAACAGAAUCAUCAUUCGAAGAAAUGUUAUUUACAGAACCCUCCGUAACAGAUAUGGAAUUGGAAAAACCUGAAAAAGAAAAGCCCAAAAAUGAAGUAAAAGGGCAAGAAUCCGAAACAAUUAUAACAGAAAAGCCAACUAAGGAGGUCACAUCAAUUGAAGCGCUUCUUCCACACAACCAGAUGGGGGAAGCAUAUAUACCAGUAAAAGUUGUAUAUUCUACAACAAAUCCAACAGAUGAGACCUUGCCUGCAGCUUUGCCCAUUAACAAGAACAAUGUUUCUAAUCCAGAACAGUUAAAAGACAAAACUAUUCCAAAAUCCGAACUCGUAUCUGAACCAGAAAUAUUAAAAGAAGAAAUUCUUUCAAAAUCUCAACCAAACGUAAAUUCUGUUAACUCAUCGGCAAGCCCAGAACCCUUUACAGCCAAUUCUGCCCUGCCCCUAACAAAAUCUGAAGUUAAAGCAAUAAUACCCAAAGAAAAUCUAACAUUCGAAAUAUUCACCAAAGAUUUAAAAAAAAUCAAUACAGUAACUCCCAUAGGACAAGAACCUACAACAGAGGUCGUAGAACUUGAUCCGUUAACAACAGAGGAAUCAACAACAGAAAUAACCUUCACUACUGAAACCACAAGCGAACACCAAAAACUACUUCCUGAACGCAUUACAAUGACAGCUGAAUUGAAGACACCGACCACGGAAUCCUCCAGCAUAACAGAGGACCUUACUACAGAAUCGAUCACAACAGAGGCAACAUUAAGAGAUCUACAAAUUUCUGACAAAACAACAGAAUCACAAACAGAUGGUCCUUCGACGGAAAAGCUUUUAACAGAAAUGUCAACAACAGAAGAAAACUUUACGGAGCCAUCAACAACAUAUACACCGUUAACAGACUCUCUAACAACAGAAGGCCUCAGUACAGAGCCAUCCCUGUUAACAGAGGAUUUUUUAACUACAGAAAUAUUUUUAACAGAACCACCAACAACAAAGGUGCCCUCAACAGAAAAUGUUGCUCAGAACAAAACUGAACCAACAACAAAUACAUUUUCAACAGAAAUGCCACACACCAAAUUAACUCAAAAUAAGGCAGCAUUUGGAGAAAUUCCAGCUGCAGAGAGUUUAACAACAACUACAGUCAUUUCAACAACUCUCGAAUCUGGGACAUCGGAAAUGCCAUUUAGAGAUCAACUGGUAGUUGAUUUAUCGAAAAAAGUAAAAGGUACCAAGGGAUCUACAACAGAACUUCCAAUAAUUGAGCUACCAAAACUAGCAACAGUCGAUCAGCACGAAAAUAAAACAUUACCAGGGGAUAUUCUUACAACAAAGCCAGAACGAAUAUCUGAGGCGUUAGUAAUAUCAACAGAACAUCCUAAUACUUCCAAAUCCUCAAUUACUAAGAAAGCAGGUAUUCUUACGACGGAAUUUUCAGCUUCAAAGAUUUCACCUGCCCCCAAAAAUGAUUCCGUGAGGAUUGUGACAUCGGAGAACACUCUACAAAAUCUUCAAAGCACAACAGUCUCCACAAUAACAGAACUCCCAACAUUAAGUACACUGUUAACAAAUCCCAUAACAGAUUUGCCAACAGCGUCCGUAACAGAAAUGCCAACUAUGGAUUCACUGACAACAAUUCCCGUAACAAAGUGGCCAACAUUCGAUUCGAAUUCUGAUUUACCAACCUCAGACAAUGGAUCUCAAAUACAACAUUUAAAUAAUUUUAAAGAGAAUUCUGAAACAUUUACCACCAAUAGCCUCAAAGUAUUGGAAAACAGCACAACCUCAACAAAAAAUCACAACAUGGAGAUAUACGUAAGUGAACAAACGGAAUUGCCAACUACAACAUUUAUGACAACUGAAUGGCCAAUCUUAAAUAAAGCAGAGAAGGGUAAAGCUCCGACACUAAAUGGUUUAAAAGAUUUAGAAAAUUUGAACUCCUUGGGUAUGGAAUUGGAAACUUCAAAGCCCGAUGAAAGUAUUUACGAAAGCAUUGCAGACAUAGUUGAAGAUAUAACAAACACAGAUAUACAUAAUAUAAAUGAUUUAAGGGAAAAAAUCUCAAGUUCCGCAGCCGAAAAUGUUGCAGGUCCAAGCUUUGAGAAGAAAAAUACGCCAGCUGAUCUUAAUACUGACGCACUUGCCACACCUGACAAUAUUGAAAUGACAAUAAAACGUAAGCCUAAUGUGAAUCACACUGAAUCUGAAGUACUAAAUUCCAUAGAAAAUUGGCAGAAUAAGAACCUCAAUAAUUCUACAAUAAAAUUAAUCAACGAAACAUCGAAUUCUACAAAGGAAUUGCCAAUCAACGAAAAACAUAUGGUUCAUGAAUUACCAAUGAUACCUAGACCUGGAUCUGUAGACUCUUCACUGGAUGAUCCUAAAAUUUUGAUCAACGGUUCCGUUGAUAAAUUGCAAAUGGAAUUGCCAACAAGUUCUGGAACAAUGGAAUUACCAACUAAAUUGACUACAAACGGGAUGCCAAUUCUCGAUCAAAUCCCAAAUUCUGAUGAAUCAUUCAAGGCUUCUCAAUCUACUCAAAUAUUAUUAGAAAAUCCAGAAGCUGAUCUUGCACUGGAAGAGACUUUAUACGACUAUGAAUUACCAACCACCUUUGAGUUGCCAAGCCAAGAAUAUAUACCCUUUGAUUCCUCGCCAAAUCCCGAUGGCAACUCAGAAAAUACCUCGACGCAAAUUCACAAAAAUAAAUACUCAAAUGAGAACUUCGAACCUUUACCUUCUUCUCUCGAAGAAAAAGAAAUAAAGAGUGAAUCUCCUGAAAUAUCUACUUCCGGAUCCGAUCCAACACAUUUCGAUGACAACAUCCAAAGUAUUCUAUGGCAACUGCGAGAACAAUCCACUCAUAAUCAAACUAACAAAAGCAUAUCAUUACAUAAUACACCCAAUAAUAGCGCUGUGGUCUAUGCCGGACCUCAUGGGCCCAUUGCCAAUUCACAAUCAUCAUCAUCGUCAUCAACAAAUGACACCGAAUUGAAACCACAGGAUACCACAGCAAAUUUAGAUGAAUUAAUAACAAUUAGAGGAAAUUCAUUGCAAGAAAUAUCUGGAAUAAACAAGAUGUCACAGCAAGGACAAAAUAUACCGACCAAAUGUCCAGAUAACAACAACAAUAAUAAGGACCCCAAGCGGGGGAAAUUACAUGAGGAUGGUGCAGCCACGGUUAAUUGCUUUACAACACAAACUAUGCAAUUAACAACAUUGCCAUUGCCAUCGACAAUGGCAGCAGCUCCAGCUGAAAUUACCACAGGCCCAGGCCCAGCGAUACCCACAAGAGAAUUCAAAGACCACAAUGACAAUGAGGAUGCCAACGACGAGGAUGAGUACUAUGAUGAUGACGACGACAACGAAGAAGAAGAAGGUGAAGAAGGAAGACCAGAUUCAGACGAAGAGAUGCUGAUAAUGGCGUUGACAGAAACUAUAGAAAAUCAAGAGGGAGGCAUUGAAAAGUGGUCAACAUUUAAAAACAAUCAUCUGAAUAACGGUAGCUUAACCAAAGCCGACAAUGGCAAUGAUGAUGAUGCUGCUGUUCAGAUGGAAGCGAUAAUGGCCGAUGAGAAUGCUUAUGAUGAUGUUCAUGCUGCUGCUGGCUCCGAGGGUGGUGGUGAAGUGCCGAACAAAUAUGAGGAUGGCGUGAGUGGGAGCAAUGUUAAGCAUUUUAGAAAUGCUGGGAACGUCAAUGGCGAUGAUGAUGACGACGACAACGACGACAGCGGUGAUGCCCAUGCUGAUGAAGGUUCAAUUAAUGACAAGGACGCUAUCAGACCAAAGACAAAGGUAAAUGGUCAGGACAUGGUAAAUGUUGAAACUACAAGCAGGUUAAAGGACACAACACAAAUGGAUACAGAAGAUGCAGACAUCGAAACAAAACCGAUUGGACAAUCGACAAACAAUGAAUUUAAAAUAACAGCAACAAUGGAGAAAAACAUGAAACCAAUCCACACCGGGGUCGUCCAGGGAGAAGUGUCAACAAUUGAAACUAAAUUGCUUGACAUAUCAAAGCUCAGUUUAAGCGAUAAUGAUGAUAUGGUGACAAAGAAUAGAGAGGGGAUGAAGGAGAUGGAAUUCAAUCCAUCCUCAUCAGAUGCUGAAAAUGAUGAGAUCAAUAAUGGAAAAAUAGCAAUAACGGGGCAAAAGGAUUACAAAGGAAAUGAAAAGGAAACACUGAUAGAAAAUCAUCUUCAACAUCAUCGUCCAAUGACAGCCCUGGCAAAUGAUGAAAAACAACAUCAACAUCAUAAAAAAUUGACCAAAGAUGAACUGGAAAAAGAAUUCCGAGCAAUGGAGAAGGCAUUGAAUGCUCACUUUCUGCGGGCCAAUGUAAAAACACUCGAUAGUCUGGUCCAACAAGUCGAACAAUUGUCCCAAUUGGCAGAUAUCUUUUUGGGUACCGAAACCCUUUCUCAUCUACAGCGCUCAUCUUCUCACACAAAUGGCAAACCAGACACAUCGACGAAAAGGAAAAAGAAACAUCAGCCAACUUUAAAACAUAUUCUAACAUCCGAACACCAUAGUGGCAGAGAGGAAAUUACACCGACAAAUUGGUGGCAUUCAUUGCCAUAUGCGGAAAUUACAAAAUUUCUAAAUUCCAUCUUUGAUACCCCGACUUCCAAUGGCAGGACGAUUGCCGCAGGGAACGGUGUUGAUUUGACAUUAAGCAGAUCCCCGACAAAGCGACAGCCGUCGCAUCAAAAUCAAGGGACGACAUGA